AUAGUGACCAUCUGUUGAUCUAAAUAUCGCUUCGUACGCAAAUUGUAAUUAUUCGCAUCCAUCUAAUUAUGUAUUCAUGUUUAUGUUCAGUUUGUUCAUUCUCAUUUGAUCGAGUAUUUGAUGAUUUGAUCCCUUCACGCGUACGUCAGCAAUUAGGUUUAUUUGGACCCACAAUAUUUCUUGUACUUGUUCCAAUUUUUAGCAUUAGAAAAGCUAAUUCCGAGUGAUUUUAUUAUCUUUAGGGGUCAUAUGCUUUCGACACCAUCGAAUAUUGGAUGUUGAUGUAAUAAAUGCACAGUUGAAUCUAAUAGAUUCGUACAUUAUUGGAUAUGCAAAAAUAGUGUAUACAAUAUGUGUACAUACGUAUGUAGUUAUGUGCAUGCAUAUUUUGGAGCCCAUGCGGAGUCCAAUCACAGCCCCAUAUUCACAAUUACCCACACACUCGUGUUAUAUUUAUAUUCUACCUCCUUUUCUUGCAACAGAUUCCAUUAAAACGAUAUCUGUUAUUUAAUAUACGGCUGUGUAAUGAUAUAAGACUUGGCAUUGCGAUGCUACAAGACAAAAUUUUGAAACUAAUGCAUAUUGCAGCGACAUACAUUUAAGAAAUCUAAUAAAAGUCAUGGAAUAAAUGGUUUAAACAGAUCCAGUAUAAUCAAACCGAGGUUAAUUAUACUUAUGGAUAUAUUUUGUGUUAGUAAUUUACAAUAAUGAUGUUGACACCAACGUCAGCAAUACCAUCUACAUCAAUAAGUGGCUCAAGAGUUCCAAGCCCUAUGAGUGACACAAUCGAUGAUAAUCCAAACAGAUUAACAACAUAUUUACACCAGCUUGCUGGGUGCUAUGAGAUGGAAGUUGAUAUGAUAACAAGGGAUCAUUGUUAUGCUAGGCCAUGGAAUUGGAGACCAGAAAAUAUAUAUGUGAAACCCCUAAAAAAGUUAUUUUUUCCUAAAAGAAGUUCAUCAACGGAGAAAUCUGGUCAAGAUGAAGAAGUCGACGUGGUAAAAGAUAGCAAUGAAUCGCUGGUACCGCCACUGGAUUUAACAAGAUCUAGAAAUCAAAUGGAUGAGCUUCAAGGUUUAGCAAAUUUUGCCAGGCCAGAUGAAAACGAAGAUUGGGAAGAGCAGCUUGAUAAAAUCUUAUGGACUCCUGUACAGAAUAGAAUAUUCACCAAAGUCCUUAAAAUAUUUAAUUCAGAGAGACUCGCGAGAUUAGCUAAAUCAACUAGUGCUAUAGAACCAAUAUUUCGGCGGACAUCAGUAGAUACAGCUGCAAGAAGAUUUCGAGAAACAUUGGCUUCUGCAGGCUGGGAUUGGAGACUUGCUCAAUGGUUGCACAGCUUAUUAUUCGAUCAUCUUCCUCAAGAAUACCUUGGGAUUUAUCUUGAUAUAUUGCAAACUUUAAGACUGAAAAUUCCACAACUUAUUGAUAAGAUGAUUGCUGUGCAGCCAAAUAUUAAUGCAAAAACAGGUUCUAUAACAUGGGAAACUCUUGGAACGCUUUUAAAAAGAUCAUGGGAUCCAAUUGCUCCAAGUUUAAAUGGCAAUAGACUUAAAAAAUUACCAGGAAAUCCGAUUCUAAUAAUAACACCUACCGGGGUUGGUUCUAGCAUGUCGUCGAGGCAACAUAAAUGGAUAUCGCAAUUGGGAGCUUUAGGAAUGGUUGUUACUGUACAUACACACUUAGGUUUAGCAGCUAAUAGAAUGACUAUGAUGGUGUGCAUCGACCAAUUAGUACAAGCUACUAGGACAAAAAUACAGGACAUUAGAAGUGAUUGUCCCGGACGACCGAUAAUACUAGUUGGUUUUAAUGCUGGUGCUGCUCUCGCAUGCCAGGUUGCACAAAUGGAACACGUGACUGCAGUUAUUUGUCUUGGAUUUCCCUUCUCUACGGUUGAAGGGAAAAGGGGUACUCCCGAUGAUACGUUAAUGGAUAUUCGUUGUCCAGUUAUGUUCAUUAUCGGGCAAAAUGCUACCCUUGCGAGAUCCGAUGAUUUAGAAGAUCUUCGAGAAAAGAUGUUGGUCGAGACAAGUUUGGUGGUAGUUGGAACUGCAGAUGAUCAUUUGAGGAUAUCUACUGCGAAAAAGAUAUUUGAGGGUAUUACUCAGAGCAUGGUGGACAGAUGUAUUCUGGAUGAGAUUGGAGAUUUUGUAGGCAGCAUUCUUUUACAACCACAACCUCUGCCAUUAAGAUCAACCUUAUUAUCGAGUUUCGAAAGUAAAAACAGCAGAAAAGAACCGCGAAAACGAAGAAAUUCGACAAGCAGUUCAGUCGAAAGUGAACCAAAUUCUCCAACUGUAAAGAAGUCUCGACCAAACACACCUAUUUCUUCGGCAGUGUCUCUUGGACAAAAUACAUCAUCGCCUGCACUUUCGAAAAUAGGGACACUUAAUGCACAGUCGAAUUUAGUAACUGCAAGUGCAGCACAUACAAGUCACACACACAACGUGAAACGCAAACCUCGUGUAAUUAGUAAUCAGAAAGCACACUUUGUAGAGCAUUUAAUAACGUCCAGGCUGUCUGGUCAGCAAAACUCUACCACAGACAAUGGUGGUAUAACUUUAAACAUUGGUUCCUUAGCAAGUUUAGCACCCAUUGGUCCAAUACGACUAGCACCAGCAUCAACUAGUCAUACCAUUUCUCCUGUAGUCAAAAGUACUGCUAAACCUUCAAUGUCCUCAACUAAAGUAUCUAAACUCACACCAACAAGCGUUCAGCUGCAGAACAUUUCAAAAAUGAAAGCUAUAGUAUCGUCAGGCAAAGGGUUUUCUAAAGUAAUAUCUAAUAACUAUAGGCACAUUAAUAUGCCUGAUAAAAACGGAGACGCGAAGUUAGUUAAUGUAUUGACGAGUUCUGGAAACCAAAUUAGAGUUACUACUCCGACUACAGCAGUAAUACAUAAUAAAUCCGGAAUUGGUACGUCGAAUGGCAAUUUACCAAAUAUGCUACAAAAUGGCAAAAGUUCUCUCACACUCGCGACAGGUUCAUCGUCUACUCGUGUACCAACAGCUUCUAGCAUCUUACUGACCCCAAACAAUUCUGCAGCAAAUAAUGUAACACCAACCUCAUCUACAAUAUCAAAAGUGAUGGACGACAUGGCAACAACCAGUAACUCUUCACAUGUGAUCCUCAGUUCUACUCAUUCAUUGGAUACGUUCAAGAUGUCACAAUUACCUCGACAAGUAACAACCUGUAACAACAACGAUAACUCUCAUAAUACAUCAUGUGGGAAUAUAAUCAUGGUUGAAAGUUCUCUUAAUACUAAACCUACUUGUUCGCCGAUGAUAGUACCAUUCAAUAGUCAUAGUUCAGGCACUAUCUUACCACUAUCUACCAAGUUAAAACCCACCCAACGAUCUACAAAAACAAUGCCAAAAAUCACAGUUAACACAUCCAGCUUGCAGAGAAUUCACAAAGCAAAACCGCAGACUGUACAAAAGAAUUGCCUUGCAAAUGAUAUUGAUGAUGAUUUAGGAAACAUCUUGGACAUACCAAUUAUAUUUGCAAAAGAUGAUGAUAAUUUAAAUUCCAUUGAAAAAAAUCCAUCUCUAUCGCAAGUAACUGUACCUAUAGAUGUUCAUGAAAAAAGUACAAGUAAAUUGAAUAGCAGCACUAAAGUUGUUCUCAUAAGUAACAAACAUGAUAAGCAACAAACUAACAAAUUUAUCACGCCUUCUGCUCAAACUAUCAUAUGUCCCAAUGUAGCUGUGCAAAAUUUAAAUCAUGUAAUACUACAGACGAGACCACAAAAUCCUACUAUAUCGAAAACUAAAACUACAAUUCCAAUGCAAACUCGUACAAACCAACCCACUAUAAAGUACACUAAAAUAAUACUUGCUAAAAGGAAUUCGCAACUUCCCCAUCAAAAUGAUAAAAACGAACAAGUAAUUGUUACGAAGACAAUUGACAAAAUGAAUACACCUAAACUUUUGACCCUUGAUAAAACUGCACAAAUCACAUCAAAGAAACUGAUAAGAAACGAAGAGAGGUACCUAGAUGAAACAAUAGAAAUAGAAGAUGCAAUAAAAAUGAAUAUUAUAGAGCGUAAAUAUAUACCUUUACAAAAAAUCGAUUUAUCAUCGCCAACGAAACAGGACAGUGUAAAACAAAUUCCGUGUGAAACGAAAGUAAACGAAGAGACUUGUUCGGAGAAUUCCAAACUUGACGAUGGAAUUAACUUCCACAUAUAGAUUAUCUAAUUACAAAUAAUAGAAUGUGUUUGUAUGGCUAGCAUAAUUAUGUAAAUGUUAUUGGUUAAACAGCUUUAAUAAUAAUUAAUCGUAUAUUGUUCCUUAUUUUAUAGUAUGAAUGUAAUAAAAAUGCAAUGCUACUGGGAUGUUCCAUGGAUUUUCACAGAUACUGUAUAGAAUGCAUUUUACAGAUAAAAAACUACUAGUGAGCAAUCUUUUAUAUAAUUUCAAAUUUAUCUAUGCAAAGAAAUAUUAUCUUAUGCCAAUCUUAUAAAAUAUUCUAGGAUUAAUGUAUUAACAUUUUCUUACUACAUACAUUUCAUAAAGAGUUGAGAACGA